AUGGCCACCGAACUUUGCCCCGUUUACGCACCCUUCUUCGGUGCCCUUGGCUGCACCUCAGCCAUCGUCUUCACCUGCUUCGGAGCUGCCUAUGGAACUGCCAAGGCUGGUGUCGGUGUCUGUGGAAUGGCCGUCCUCAGACCUGACCUGAUCGUCAAGAACAUUGUCCCCAUUGUCAUGGCGGGUAUCAUCGGUAUCUACGGUCUGGUCGUGUCGGUCCUGAUUGCAAACGACUUGGGACAGAAGGUCCCCUUGUACACUGGUUUCAUUCAGCUGGGAGCAGGUCUCGCCGUCGGUUUGGCUGGUAUGGCAGCUGGUUUUGCCAUUGGUAUCGUUGGUGACGCAGGUGUUCGUGGAACUGCUCAACAGCCCCGUCUCUAUGUCGGAAUGAUUUUGAUUCUCAUUUUCGCUGAAGUCUUGGGUCUGUACGGUCUUAUCGUUGCUCUUCUGAUGAACUCCCGUUCGAGGAUCGACGCCACCUGCUAA